AUGGCCAGCCUCAGAGUGGUGCGGUUGUGUCAGAACCCAAAGCUGGCGCUAAAGAAUAGCCCACCUUAUAUCUUAGACCUGCUGCCAGAUACCUACCAGCAUCUCCGCACUAUCUUGUCAAGAUAUGAGGGGAAGAUGGAAACACUUGGCGAAAAUGAGUAUUUUAGGGUGUUCAUGGAGAAUUUGAUGAAGAAAACUAAGCAGACCAUAAGCCUCUUCAAGGAGGGGAAAGAAAGAAUGUAUGAGGAGAAUUCUCAGCCUAGGCGAAACUUAACCAAACUGUCGCUGAUCUUCAGCCACAUGCUGGCAGAACUGAAAGGGAUCUUUCCAAGUGGACUUUUUCAAGGAGACACAUUUCGGAUUACGAAAGCAGAUGCUGCUGAAUUUUGGAGGAAAGCUUUUGGAGAAAAGACUAUAGUCCCUUGGAAGAGCUUUCGCCAGGCUCUGCAUGAAGUGCACCCCAUCAGCUCUGGGCUGGAGGCCAUGGCUCUGAAAUCCACUAUUGAUCUAACCUGCAAUGAUUAUAUUUCAGUGUUUGAAUUUGACAUCUUUACGCGACUCUUCCAGCCCUGGUCCUCUCUGCUCCGGAACUGGAACAGCCUGGCCGUGACUCAUCCCGGGUACAUGGCUUUCUUGACAUAUGAUGAAGUGAAAGCCCGACUCCAGAAGUUUAUUCAUAAGCCUGGGAGUUACAUUUUCCGGCUGAGCUGUACUCGUCUGGGCCAAUGGGCUAUUGGCUAUGUCACCGCCGAUGGGAAUAUCCUCCAGACAAUCCCUCACAAUAAACCUCUCUUCCAAGCACUGAUUGAUGGCUUCAGGGAAGGCUUCUAUUUGUUUCCUGAUGGAAGAAAUCAGAACCCAGACCUGACAGGCCUCUGUGAACCAACUCCCCAAGACCACAUCAAAGUGACCCAGGAACAAUAUGAAUUAUACUGUGAGAUGGGCUCCACAUUCCAGCUGUGCAAAAUAUGUGCUGAAAAUGACAAGGAUGUAAAGAUUGAGCCCUGUGGCCACCUCAUGUGCACCUCCUGUCUUACGUCCUGGCAGGAAUCAGAAGGCCAGGGCUGCCCUUUCUGCCGCUGUGAAAUUAAAGGUACUGAGCCCAUUGUGGUAGACCCAUUUGAUCCUAGAGGAAAUGGCAGCCUCUUGCGGCAAGGAGCGGAGGGAGCUCCUUCUCCGAACUAUGAUGAUGAUGACGAUGAGCGAGCGGACGACUCUCUCUUUAUGAUGAAGGAAUUGGCUGGCGCGAAGGUGGAACGGCCUCCUUCUCCAUUCUCCGUGGCCCCACAAGCUUCCCUUCCCCCAGUGCCACCAAGACUUGACCUGCUGCAGCAGCGAGUGUCUGUUUCUGCAAGUGCUUCUGGUCCUGGAACAGCUUCAAAGGCUGCGGCUGGCUCCCUCCAUAAGGACAAACCAUUACCAAUACCUCCCACCCUUCGAGACCUUCCACCACCACCCCCUCCAGACAGACCGUAUUCCGUUGGCGCAGACACCCGGCCUCAGAGACGUCCUCUGCCUUGUACACCAGGAGAUUGUCCGUCCAGGGAUAAACUGCCUCCUGUCCCCUCCAGCCGUCUUGGAGAGUCGUGGCUGCCCCGGCCAAUCCCUAAAGUACCAGUAGCAUCCCCAAGCCCUAGUGACCCCUGGACAGGACGAGAAUUAACCAACCGGCACUCCCUUCCAUUUUCAUUGCCCUCACAAUCGGAACCCAGGGCAGAUGUGCCUAGGCUGGGAAGCACACUCAGUCUGGACACCUCCAUGAACGUGAAUAACAGUCCGUUAGGAGGUGCCGAGUGUGAGCACCCCAAAAUCAAACCAUCCUCCUCUGCCAGUGCCAUCUAUUCUCUUGCGUCCAGGCCUCUUCCUGUGCCAAAGCUGCCCCCUGGGGAGCAGGGCGAAAGCCAGGAGGACGCUGAGUAUAUGACUCCCUCCUCUAGGCCUCUGAGCCUGCAGAAGCCAGAGCCAAAGAGGCCUUUGGUGGAGACAGCGCCGAGUUCCCGAGCGAGUGACUGUGACCAGCAGGGUGACAGCUGCACGUAUGAAGCCAUGUAUAAUAUUCAGUCCCAGGCCACGCCCAUCCCAGAGAGCAGUACCUUUGGUGACGGGAAUUUGGCGGCAGCUCAUGCCAACGCCGUCGCCGAGGAGUCGGAGAAUGAGGAAGAUGGCUACGACGUCCCUAAGCCCCCUGUGCCGGCAGUGCUGGCCCGCCGAACUCUCUCAGAUAUCUCCAACGCCAGCUCCGCCUUUGCCUGGCUCUCUCUGGAUGGGGAUUCCACCGCCAACUUCACUGAGGGUUCUCAAGUUCCUGAGCGGCCCCCCAAACCGUUCCCUCGGAGAAUCAACUCUGAACGGAAGGUGGGUGGCUGCCAGCAGGGCGGGGGUGCCACUGCCACCGCCGCUGCCGCCACCUCACCUCAGCUCUCCAGUGAGAUCGAGAGCCUCAUGAGUCAGGGUUACUCCUACCAAGACAUUCAGAAAGCCCUGGUCAUUGCCCACAACAACAUCGAAAUGGCCAAGAACAUUCUCCGGGAAUUUGUCUCAAUUUCUUCUCCCGCCCACGUCGCCACCUAGCACCUCCCCUCCCUGCAGCUGUUGUGGAGGACCGGUAAGCUGGAGGUUCCUGCUGUCCUCGCCGAGCACCUGCCAGUGCCAGCUUCCCCGGGAGCCUCGCAGCCAAGUUUUGCCCUGUCUGUCUGGGAUCUCACGACUGUGGUUCCAAGAUUUCAAAACAGUGGAAGGAAAGCGGAGCAGCUAGGAUGUUUUGUUUGUUUGUUUUGAGCGUGCAUUAGAAGGUGUCCUCUCUCCCCAUGUAGAGAAAGUGUGGAUUUUGUCUUUUAACAUUGUGUUGUAGUUGAGUCUACCUGGGGGAUGGUCCAAAACGCAGUAGGGCACAUGUUGUGUUGUAAAUCCUUCAGUGAGGAUUCAGACUUUCCCGGGUUAAAAAUGUUGUGUCUGUCUGUCUGUGUGUGUCCUGAGAUUAUAAAAAUCAAACUGCUGAUUGUGUUACUACUCCAAGGCAAGGAAUCUGUAAAAGACUUGCAUUUACUGUGGUAUUAUACCCAACCCUAGUAUGAGUGUCUUUGAAUGCCAACACUCCCCUCUCAUUCGGGUUAUCCUGUGCAUAGCAGAAGUUGUGUAUUUUUAGAAGACUGCCCUUUCCCCUACCUCCUGCUUCCUCCUCCUCCUCCUCUGUGUUCUGUCACCGGUAGUGGGCUUGCUAUGCCCCAGCCGUACUGAGGCCAAACAGCGUGUAGGAUGUUCUUUAUUACAUAUGGUGGUGUUGGUUUGUUUGGUAGUUUGGGGAUGCGGGAGGAGUAUUGUUGCUUUAUCGUUAUAAUCAUAUUUGAUACUAGCAGCUACACUGGCCACUCCAAAGCACUGUUUCUAUAGGAACAUUGAAUUUGUUAAAAUAAGAGAUUGUAAUUAUCCUAAUCACAGAAUGACUGAUGGAGGCCUUCACACACAUUCCACGCCCUCCCCAGAAAACUCUCUGCGGGAGACGGUUGCCUUGGUGCCCGAUUUGUGCCCUGAUGCAAGUCAUGAGUUUUCUACUUCAUGGGAACGGAAGAGCAUUUGCUUCCAGGGUGGCCUUCCGACCUGGAGGCCAUGAAGCUCUUGGGGAGCCUCAGCCACUUGCUAUGGCUGCCUUGUCCCCGAAGUGGCACGACAUGGACGGGCAUUCAUUCUUCCCAGAGCAGUAUUUUCUGCUCCUGCGGGUUGCUCGGCGUUUAUCCUCAGAACUGGAUAGAUCUUUGUAAAGAGUGGGGUACCACCAUGGUAGGUGCCCCCAACACCUUGGCUUUCUCUUGUGCCUGUGGCUUUGGGAACGUAACGUCUCCUCCUCUCUCCUCGCAGUCUCCCGGCCUCUGCACCCUGGGGCUCUGUACCCCACAGUCGUCAGACCUGUUGUGCUGCGGACACUGGCUGGCUAGGCAGAGGGAAGGCUGGCCGCUUCUGUGGUGCAGAGUCUGGUCUGCAGUGUUAUCCAGGUCUCCAUGCUGCCUGAGUGUCUCUGCCCACUUCCCUAGCGCUGUGUGACCUCCCUCCCUGGCAGAGCCUGACCCGCUGAUCGCUCUGCCCUCCCCAAGAUGUAUAGCAUCUGUCUGUCUCGAGGGGGCCAGACAGAGAGUACCUUCCUUAGAUCACCCUUCCUUCCAAUAUUGUCACCUUUGGGUCUAAAACUCCGACUCGCGUUUCACGUGGCUUUCAGCUCUCCUUAGAUGGUCUUUCUGCUCCAUCCUCUUGCCUCUGAGACCUUCACCCUCCCACAAUCAAUGGUACCGGACCUGGGGUGGAUUUGUCCUGGUCACCUCUUCAUGGUGUUGCUCUAGGACAGGAAGCAGCGCUGCCCACCACAGACACAACACCAGAGGUCCAGGAUUAGGGGAGGGUGGAUGUAGGAAAUCGUAAACAAUGUUCUCAAAGCCAGGAGAGUGCUGCAUUUAAGGUGCCCUUCCGUUUCACCUGUUAUUUAGAUAUGAAAGGCUUAGAGAAUGAACUAGAAAAAAUGACAGCCACCUCUCUGCUCAUCCAGGUUAAAAUUGUUGCCUGCCAGUGGACGUUGCCCUGCUGCCUGGAGGCAGGCAGAGAGCUAGGGCCCUGCGGCUGCUCUUGCCGGCGCCCCUUUUGGUCAGGGCAUGCACACAGCUCUGGAGCUCACGGUCUCCCUGCCGAGGGCAGUUUGGUCCUUUCCUCUCCUGGCCAGGCUCUAAUGGGCAGGCCUGUGGCUGUAGUGCCCAGUGCCUGUGCUGAGCAGAACUUGGCGUGCCCGACAUGUGUCUGUGCAGGAUGAAAGCUUCGGCCGUUUUGUGAGAGUUCUGGGAUUUCCAGGCAAGUCGUAAGAACAUUUUUCACACGGCUGUGGUCUUAAGGCUCUUUCCAGAACUUUUUCCUACAUCUUUCUGUGUCCAAGCUCCCCGUAGGAGGUCCAGUGAGGUAGUGGUUGGUGAUGCUUUGGGUUGCUAACUGCAGUCAGCAGGUCACACGGUCAGCACUCCUCGGAGAAAUCAGGGCUUUCCGGUUCCAUACAGAGUUUCGAUCUCAAAGCCCGCAGGCACAGUUCUUCCCGGCCCCUCCGUCUCUGAGUCCACAUUGACUUGGUGGCAGUCAAGUUUUGACGGUUUGCAAGAUAACUGAUAACCUCUAGUGAUUCGUAUGGCAAUUUUUAAUUAUUUGGUUCUGCUGUGAAUUUAACCAGUAAUCAAACCCCUCCUUUCAUGAAGCUAUCCCUCCGUGUUUGGUGUUUUGCCAUUUGGGGCAAGGCCCCGCCCCCAUUUCCUCCUCCGGUUAUAAAGAGUUCCUCCUCAGUUAACUAGCAGGUCCAUGUGAUUAAACCCACUUUGCUGUCUCCCUUCUCCUCAGAUGGGUAGACUGCCUGAUCAGGUCCACUUUCUUCUCUCCCCAUGGCUUGCCGUUCAGAACUGGCCUUGGUGCCAGGACGCCCAGGACCGGGCUUUCUCCAGGCCUCCUCCAUGAGCGUAGAGCUCUGGACAUGUCACCCCGUCAGCAUGUGUCUGUUGACGGUCACGUCCAUGGUGACAAGACCUACAGAGGGCGCCCUCCUCCUCGAGCCCUCCUUCCAGUCCCUCUGACCACGCACACUCUCAGGCCACUUCAUACUAUUAGGAUCUUCUAGAAUUUUUUAAAAAUGCAAUUGUUUCUCUGUUUUUUUUUCCCCCUGGGGGGCGGCAGGGAGGGGUUGGGGGGGGAUUUCCCCCUCCUUCAGAUGUUUAUUUCCUCUAUUGAAAAUUAAAUUGUUUGAUGGUCCAACCAGCAAACUUAGCAUUUGGUGGGGGGGAGGGGGUUUGUUUCAUUUUGUUUUGCAACAGCUUAUUCGCAAAAUAGGGCUAACUAUGUAUGUUCCAUUUAAGGCCCCAGAAAUAAGCCCUCUUCCUUUCUGUGGAUGGUGAGCAGUGGUGUUGCUGCAGAAUAUUCUCCUACCUCACAUCCUGAAAGUCAGAAAGAAGCCUUUCUAGCCCUGUGUGUGGUCUCCCAACUACUGAGCUCACUGUCCUAACCGUGUCAGUCAGCAAAUGUCCAUGAGUGCUUGCCUGGUGCCAAAGUGUCAGCUAGACCAUGUGUUCUUCCUUGCCACCACCUGUUGGUGUGUCCAUAGUGGGGGAUUGUCCUUGGGCUGUCUAGCAGUGGCAUUUGGCCCCAAAGUAGUUCUUUCCACUGAGAUUGUGUGGUUUUUAUUCCUAGUUACUUUAGAGACAGAGCUGCCCUGCCUGGUAAGAUCCAUCUAGACUUGCCCAUUAGCCCUAGUGCUCUGGCUCAGAUUCCUUGUGUAGGUCUCGUGGGUGCCCAGCGUCUGAAUGGAUUCCCUGGAAGCUGUUGGGUCAGCCACUGAGACGGGAGACGGAGGUCCAGGCUAGCUCAGAGGAGACAACAGGGCCGUUAACGUGCUUAAACAGAGCAUCUCCUCACAGUUGCCUGUCUCCCUCUUCGCUGAGCUGCUGGGCCCCGACUCUUCUUGUCGGGAAGGCUUCCUUGCCACUAUUUUGAGACCUGUCACCAUCUCCCACACUAUUUAGGAUCUUCUUCGAUCCUUCAAUGUCUGCAGCUAAUCUUAUGCCUUAGCAAGGUUUGAAGGUGUUGGGGAAGGUUGGCCACCCACCUCUGGGUCCUGAUCUUUAACCACUGUUGGCUUAAACUUGAUUCUAAGCUGGGGGUUGGGUCAGGAUAAAGAGUUUAGAGACCCUAGAGCUUAAUGUCAGAGACAACCGCAGCAUAGACCGUGAGACUUCAGAAAACUCAGACUAAAGCACUCAGCCUACAUUAGGGAACUGUAUUUAGAAAUGCAGAUAGCCAUUUAACGCCUGGAGGAAGCAGGUGGGGCGCGUUCCUUUCUGGGAAAGUGGAAGAAGGUAGAUGCUAUUUGUUUGCCCUUCCGGUUGGCAGCCUUUGGACCCAAGUGAACCCUACCAGGUCCUCAUUACAAGGCUGCAUGGAGCUUACAGAGCUGGAGUGGGGAGAUGUCGCCCUUAGUCUGUUCUCCUACUUCUCAGCUUUUGAAUCAACACCUGUGGCCCCGUGCAGCCGUCCCGCUUCAGGGAGCAUCAUUGACCCUGGAGUGCCAGCACACCGAGCAGCAGCUGCAGCCCUGCGCAAAGCCCCUACAUCAGCAGGAAACUCGGUGGCUGUUGGACUGCUGUUUUGACAGUGGACAGGCAGGCCUGCGGGCAUGUCUAUGACAUGGAAGAAAUUCUUAGGGAACUUCUGGUCACUGUUUCUUUUCUUUCCCCUGGCCAGUCUUGACAUCUCCACCUGCAGCCCUUUCUCCCAAAAGAGCACUCGGGCUGUCUGGAGCAUCACCCCCUAGCCUGGCAUCAUCCCGGUCUUCAUUGUUUCGAUAGCAAACCCACAGUUGUCGCUGCCUCCCAGCAUUGGCACUGGGUUAUAUUUAUUCUGUGGGCACACAGAGGUCCCUUCCCUGCCCCGGCCCCGGAGGUGUGUGCAGGAAUGCUCUGAAGCAGACCUUUCUAGGGCCCUCCAAAACUGCCUUCCAGCAAGAGUGUGUAUUAGUGGGGCACAUGGGGGGACUAGCAUUAGUCCUGUAUGGUAGGCCUUUCUGUCUUUAAAAACUAGACCUGAUUACUUGCGUCUUUUCCGCUUAUUUUUCUCAUCCUGGUGUCUGUCCUGACUUAGCAAGGGGCUUCAUAAUUGUUUAUAACUUUUUAACCAUCAGAGCCAUUUGAUAUACCUAGAAGUAACUUAAUAAUCCAAAGAUACAGGUCGAGGCAUGGGAGAAAGGAUAGGGCACCAGACUACAUUUGCUGGCCCCACCCAGGUUCCCGGAUGGAGGAGCUGGGGGCACCAGUGCCCGGUGCCUCCACAGGGACUUGGGUGGUCCAUGUUGGUUUCCAGGGCAGUGCAGGGGCUGGUGCCCCCAGAGAGCAGCAUGCUUAAGAGGUGGGGAAGCAGGGCGGGUGGGAGAGCUCGGGCCCAGCCCUGAGAGGCCCGUUCAGAGUCAGGUGGACAGCACCACGCUGCAGGGCCAGCUGUUGACUAACAGCUGUUUGGAGGUCUUGCUGCCCUCCCUGUGUAUAUUGCUUGAGAAACAUGUGGCCGACCACGCCCUGUAUUUGUACAGAGCAAAGGCCGAAAGCCACCCUCAGAUCUCCUACUGAUUUGGCAAGCUGCACUGUUCAGCAGAGCGCCACAUGGCCACACACACACGCUCUCCUUCCACCCUGGACCAGACUGGGAGGCCAGAGAGGAGUGUUGCUCAAGACCGGCUACAUGCAACACUUCGGCCUACGCCGACGCCACGCUCCGUUCUGAGCAUGCUCAGGUCUGAGUGCGGGGCCUGUAGGUCCAUCGGCAUGUGUGUCCUCUGAUCCUGUGUGUCUGUCUUGGGUGAGGGCAGCCAGGGUGGUCUUGCAUUUGAAGAGACGAGUGACGGUCAGUGUGUCUUUUCUUCCGCGUCUCUUCCGGCUGCCAGCUCGGUGCCUGCAGACCUCCCGCCCCACCUUGUCUUGGUGUCUUGGCCCUGGAGGAGAAGCCUGCCCUGCUGGAACAUGUGGUAGAGGCCUGGCAGCUAUGAGGUACCUCCUCCGGCUGCUUUUUGACUGGGGUGACGUGGGGUUUUUAACCUUAUAUAUCUUUUUCCUUCAUUCAAAACAAAACAAUUUUUAGCACAC